UAGUUAUCCUUGAGCUAAACAACAUUUCCAGCUUUGGUGUGCGGCAUCUCCUCUGUCCAUUUUUGUCAAGUCUUUUGUCAAAACUGCUUCAAAUAUUUUGUGUGGAAAUUGCCAGAACGUGCUGAUUCUCUUCUACAAACCAACCAUGUGUUAUGAAUGUCAGGGCCAAACUGCCACGUGCAGGCUUUCUCUUGAGAGUAGUUGGUCAAUAUAGCAUCACUGUGGUCAGUGCUCAACUUAUUGCAAGCACCAACAAUUCUUGCUCCUGUCUGAAUGUAGAAAAAUGUUUGAAAUUGUAUUUGGACAUGGAUUCCAAAAGUUCCAUGUUGACAGCGCUUGUUGACAUGUAUGUGAAAGGCAUGACCCACUAUUUGCUGUCUGCACCGAUUCCUAAUGUGAGACGUGUUUUCACAUCAAGAAAAACAUUGAUGAAGGGUAGCAUUAGUGAGAGCCUGUCCACAGCAGAGUGGUUUACUGCGUUCUUUUAGAUCUGUAAGUGACAUAUUUGUAGAUAAUCACUCUCAUUGCUCCUUCUGUAAUCUGGUUGCCCCUCUGAGCUACUGUUGAGGGGAGAACAAGUGUGUUGCAUUCUCUUGCUCUUCAGGGUUGGAGACUGCUCCAGUCUCAGCAGCUGGAGUAGGUUCUCCACUUUUGGUCUGUGAGAACAGCUUAUAAGGUCUUAUCUGGUUGACGUGGACCUAAUAGUAUACCGGAGCCUGGUUUGGCACUGAGGUGCGGACUCUGUAAGCCACAGGUGAUAGCUUACCAACAACCUCAAAGUGGCUGGACAAACUUGGCAGGAAUUUCUUGGACACUCCUGCUGGCUUGGCAUACCUGAAGUAGAGGAUCUUCCCUCCUACUCACGUAUAGGUGCUUUCCUGUUGUAGAGGAACUUAACUGCUCUAGUGCUGACCUCCAUGUUCUUUUGGGCCCAUGCAAGUUGUUGCCAGGUGCACCUGCAGGUCAGUCGCUAGGAUGUCAAUUUUCCUCUAUAAUCCGAAUAUCAAAUUAUAUUUGAAUUUUUCAUUAAAAUUUUCAUACAUUUUAACUUAAUAUGUGGUUGCUACAUGCUCUGUCCACUGGGCCAUGCACUGGCGGCCUGCAGGUGCCUCUUGACAGCAUUAAUAUAAUUAGCCACAUUGUACGUGGUGAUGGAGAGCACUGACUCACGACUCACAUUUUACUCUCCUGAGUGUCGCCAAUGCAUCUGGCAAAGUAAACUGGGUGUGGCUCCCUGAUGGAAGAACUAAAAUUCAGAGAGUGGGUGAGGUUAAGAGGUCAGCCUUCAAAGGUGAAGUACUCACACUUGACACAUGUCUAUAAAAUGUGCGGUGACUGUCACAUAUGCCUCCGUGGCUACUCAGUUGGUGAUAGUCGUGCGUCUAGGAACCGUGUACCUUGGCUCAAGCUAUUGGAUGAAGUCUUUGAAACUGGACCCCUGCGAGAUGUUAAUCAUGUCUCAUGUCUUUGUAAAUAAAGCGUACUAUUUUGUCCCUUAUAGCAUUCGGGCAGCUGUGCGAUGUGGAGGGAGACAACAAUGACGUAAUUCUUGCCUGCUCUGACUUAAUCUCGCCGUUUGCCAGGGUCCAGUGAUGGCAGGUGUCCCUAAUGUAGCUUGAGUGAUAUUUCUUUUCGAUGUUGCAUAUUCUACAGAUUAUGAUAUCUUUAUUUGUAUUUUUCAGUUUGUUGAUGGAAAGCCAAAAACUUUCCACACAUGGCUUUUUAGAUGGUCAGGAGUGGUGACCUCUGUGGGUGUUUUAUCGCCAUUAUUUCAGAUUGAAUGUGAGAUUGUUGUGAUUCAGAAAACGUUAUUGUUCUGCGAGGAUCAUAUGUGACCAAAGCAUUUUGUUUUUCACAUGUGGAUAAGCAGAGGAAAUAGGGCCGGGCUUGAGUCACCAGGUUUUAACACGUGAAUUAAAAAGAUUACACAUUCGAACAACAUUCAAUUAUUAUUGAUUUCUUUAAAUAGUCAAAUUAAUUUGACUCCCAAAAUUCAUUCCAACAGCCCUUUCAGUUACAUAUUGACGUGAUGUCCUCAGGGUGGUACAUGAGGUGCAGCGGUAGUGUCAUUUCAAAACCCUUCAUCAUCUCGUAUGGUGUGACUCCGGUGUGGAGUGGCCGCCUGUGCCGGGGGGUUCCUCACCAGUUCUCCAAUGGUUCGGAGGACUAGGUAGACUGCCGGUCCACUGGCUUGAGCAUGCUGUCUGUUCUCUAGCCUGUCAGCCAGUGAUUGCAUUCACUGUGCAGGUUUGGGUAGCAGGUAGCCAUUCCGGGUUGAACUCCCACGUCGUGCCUUGCUCAGCUUCUAACUUGGCCAACUGGUCUGACCAUGAGUUCAGGCUUUUAUGGUCACAGUCUCACAUUAGCCCUCAGUAAGGCCUCAGCAGUCCAUAAAGACUGGGCCCAAACUCACAGCAUCUGCUUUGAUCUAUUUGAAUGAUGCUGCAACUCAAAUUAGUGAUGCUACAGUGCAGCACAGGAUCAUCCAUUUAUAAAAUCUAAAAUAUGCACAGCCUUCUUCCUUGGCCAGCAGCCUCUGACAAUAUAGCAUAGCAUCUUGCUAUCUGAAGUUAUGAUUUUAACAAAUCCUUCCACUUAUUCCAUUCUCAGUUCAGAGAGAAAAGCUUUUCCUUGCAUUUUCAGAGCCACAAAUUCCAAGGGGUCAUACAAACUUUUGACCAUGGCUUAGACACGUCUUUGAGUGUAUUGCUUUUGAAUGAAUAUGGUUCAUAGUUUGAAUGUGCUGUCUUGGGGAGCUUAACAGUAAUCAGUUCUUGCCCUUAUCUUGAAAAAAAUGUCUCUCCAUGAUGUCAAGAGACGCUUGAUCAUCCACUAAAACAACAACUUAUCAUUCCAUCUUUUCCGUUUUUUUGUCAAUGUUCCUCCUAAAAUGCUUUCUCGUGUAGAAAGAUAGAAAGCAACUGAGAUGAGAUGACAUGGUUCUCUUUGAUCAGGACUUUGUUUGGACAUGGGCAGAUGUACAACCAUAAUUUUCAGCACACAAACACUCGUUGGUUUACAAGCUGUUUCCAGGCAGGCUUUUCCCCCCACAAUGAUCCACACAAGGUCCAGCCACUAGUAUCACCAUCCACAAGGCUGAACAGACAUGCAACUGAAAAUGCAUAGCAACUGUGUGUGGACACGGAACAUGGAAACGUAAGGAGGGGUCCUCAUAAGACACAAUAACUGACUGAUGUUUCUCCACACAGCCUCCUCGGUCAGUGUGCAGUGAGAGCUGUCUUCCAGGUACCCGCAUGGCCAGAAAGAAGGGGGAACCUGAGUGUUGUUUUGAUUGUGUCCCUUGUUCUGAGGGAAAGAUCAGCAAUACAACUGACUCCAUGGAGUGCACCAGUUGUCCAGAAGAUUUCUGGUCUAGCCCCCAGCGUGACCACUGUGUUCCUAAGAAAACAGAGUUCCUCUCCUACCAUGAGCCUCUGGGUAUCUGCUUGACAACCACCUCACUGUUGGGCACAUUUAUCUGUGUUGUUGUUCUGGGCAUCUUCAUCCAUUACCACAGCACACCUUUAGUUCGUGCCAACAAUUCAGAACUCAGUUUUCUUCUCCUGGUCUCACUCAAAUUGUGUUUCUUGUGUUCGUUGCUCUUCAUUGGACGACCCAGAUUAUGGACUUGCCAACUAAGACAUGCAGCAUUUGGCAUCAGCUUUGUGCUUUGUGUCUCAUGUAUCCUGGUGAAAACCAUGGUGGUUCUGGCUGUGUUCAGGGCCUCCAAACCAGGAGGGGAGUCCAGCCUGAAAUGGUUUGGUGCUGUGCAGCAGAGAGGGACAGUUCUGGUUCUGACUUCGGUUCAAGCAGCAAUCUGCACUGCUUGGCUUGUCUCUGCUUCACCAGUGCCUCAUAAAAACACCCAGUAUCACAGUGACAAGAUAGUUUAUGAGUGUGCAGUUGGGUCCACAGUUGGUUUUGCAGUUUUACUUGGUUAUAUCGGUUUACUGGCUGUCGUUAGUUUUUUGUUAGCUUUUCUAGCAAGGAAUCUUCCAGACAGUUUCAAUGAGGCCAAACUCAUCACUUUCAGCAUGCUGAUCUUCUGUGCAGUGUGGGUGGCAUUUGUCCCUGCUUACAUUAACUCUCCAGGUAAAUAUGCAGAUGCAGUAGAGGUAUUUGCCAUCCUGGCUUCCAGCUUUGGCCUCUUGAUGGCGCUGUUUGGACCCAAAUGUUACAUGAUGCUAUUGAGACCAGAAAGAAACACAAAGAAAGCCAUCAUGGGCCGAGGCACCACAAAGUAAAACUGUCAGCACUGCUGUGUCUUUAUAUAUCCUCUGUAUUUUGGAAUUUACAAACA